AUGCCAAAAGCAAGCAAGUUAGCGUUCUACGCGGUUGCUAAAGGCAAGCAGACAGGCGUGUAUUUAACGUGGGAUGAAUGUGAAGCACAGACGAUCGGGUUUGCGGGAGCGCGGUACAAGAAGUUCAACAACGCGGCGGAUGCGGAGGCCUAUGUCGCGCAGUUCGUGCCUGGGUUGACUGCAAACAUCAACGCAUCAUCGACGUCAGCAGCAGCGUCUGCUGCGCCUGCGCUCUCUGUGACCAACGAUGGGAGAUGGAAAGGGGCGGCGGAGACGCUCGAUGACGAAAGUGGCUGGGACGUCGUGUACUCAGACGGUGCGUGCAAGGGUAACGGCAAAUUGGUGUCUAUUGCAGGCAUAGGGGUUUGGUGGGGGCGAAGCGAUUCACGGAACUUGGCGGAGCGUUGUCCAGGUGUGCAGACCAACAACCGCGCAGAGCUCAUCGCCAUCGUCCGUGUGCUCGAGACGGCCCCCAAAACGAAACGACCCCUACUCAUCAAAACUGACUCGCAAUAUAGCAUCAACUGUUUCCAGUCAUGGAUGCCUAAGUGGCUCCAAAAGGGUUUCGUCUCAUCCAAGGGCGAACCCAUUAAGAACGAGGCGCUGAUCCGGUACCUCUCCGCGCUGCUUGACGAGCGCGCCCGCGGAGGCCAGCGGGUAUCGUUUCAAUACGUGCGUGGGCACGUAGGUGAAGAGGGCAAUGAGGGUGCGGACUACCUCGCAAACGUCGGUGCGACCCACCCAGAGCUGCCUGAGCGCGAUUGGGAAGAGCUGAGGCAGCGCAUCGAAGAGGCGCGCGAUGCAUCUUCGACGCCGGUGACGCUAAAGAUCACACAGAAGGGCGUGGAGAUGAGCCCUGCAGAGGACAAGGCCAUGUCUGCGGGAAAGUCCAAGUUCACGCCGCAGGGCGUCGGUGUCUCAGGACCAAAAAUCAAGACAGCAUCGCAAACAAAAUCGUCACCAGUCGCACCGACGUCUGCGCUGGAGACGGCGACGCGCUCAUCAACCGUGUCAGAGACCGUUAUGUUUGACGAGGAGCUGCAGGAAUAUGCGGAUUGCCUGUUAAGCCCAGAGGAACUGGAAGAAGAGUUCCUAUGGGGCGAUGACUAGUCAUAUCCUCCCCUGAUCGCUCGUCGUGUAUGCUCUCGUUUUGUAUCUGUAGCUCUCAAUCUGGACAUUGUACAGCAUGUAAACCCACUACCUACUCGCAUGUCGCCAUGUAUGGCACAUCACAUAAUCUCUCACUUCAACGUAGAUAGUGUCGUUCUU